AUGAGGAACAUCAACGAAGCACGGUUUCUGAAACCUAUCCGAUCGGAUCCUAGCCAACGGGAUCCUAAUCUGUGGUGUAAAUUCCAUGGGACUCAUGGCUAUAGAAUUGGGGACUGCCGACAUCUUCGCGGGGAGGUGGCAACGUUGUUGAAGAAUGGCCAUCUUAGAGAGUUUUUAAGUGACCGCACCAAAAAUAAUUAUGGUAUAAGCCGGGAUAAUGCAAAACCAUCAAAGAUAUCAGCAAGGUCACCUCAGAUGACAAUAAACAUGAUAUUCAGAGGAAAUGAGGUCAAUGGGGUAAAAGUUUUGGCAGCAAAAAAGACGAAAAUAUCGGUGACUCAUGGUAAGAGAAUCCGAGAAGCCGCUGAAGAUGACAUUAUCUUCGCAGAGGAAGAUGCUGAUGGGCUUCUUCUUCCGCACAAAGAUGCUUUGGUAAUUUCUCUUAAUGUUUUAGAUUUCAAAAUUAAGCGUGUUUUGGUUGAUCUAGAAAGUUCAGCCAACAUUAUACAACGGAGGGUUCUAGAACAAGCAAAGUUGACCGGGAACAUCAUUCGGGCGACAAAACUCCUAGCUGGCUUCAACCUAACAAGCAUCACAACCCAAGGAGGAAUUUUGCUGCCUACUCAUGCUGAGGGAUUGGCGAAAACCACUUUGUUCGAUGUGAUGGCCUAA